UAUUCUAUAUAAUCGAUGCAAAGAAAUAGUGGUACAGACUACAGAGUCAAGAAUCAAUUUCACAAGACUAUAAUGGUUUCCGGCAAGAAAAUCGUCGAGGUGGUUCCAGGUUGGCUCCGGGUCUUCGAAGACGGAACGGUUGACCGGACAUGGACCGGACCAACGGAGGCCGAGUUCAUGACAAAACCCGUUCCUCCACAUGAAGACUUCAUAGAUGGCGUGGCUGUUCGUGACGUCGCCAUUGAUCCAAACCAAGGUUUUGCUGUCCGGAUUUACAUCCCGGAAAGGAAUAGAGAUAUCCAAGAUCAGGAAAAGCUGCCAAUCAUACUCCAUUUCCACGGCGGCGGCUUCUGCAUAAGCCGACCAGACUGGUUUAUGUACUACAACUUCUACACAAAACUUGUGCGCUCGGCUCAAGUCGUAUGCGUCUCCGUUUUCCUCCGCCUGGCUCCCGAGUACCGGCUCCCCACGGCUUGUAAAGACGGCUUCGCUGCUUUCCUCUGGCUCAUGUCCGUCGCUCUAGGCGAAUGUCCCGAGCCAUGGCUAGACAACUUCGCUGAUUUUGGGCGAGUAUUCUUGAUCGGAGAUAGCACCGGAGGAAACAUAGUCCACCACGUUGCGGCUCGGGCUGGAGCCAUGAAUACUGAGCCGGUUAAGCUAGCUGGUGGAAUUGCUAUCCACCCCGGCUUUCAACGAGCCGAGCCGAGCAAGUCGUUUUUAGAAUUACCUGAAACACCCUUGCUAACACGUGACAUGAUUAGUAAGUUCAUGGCACUGGCGUUACCUAAGGGUUGUACCAUGGACCACCCAAUCAUUUGCCCAAUGGGGCCGGACGCGCCGUCACUGGCGGGACUGAAGCUUCCGCCAAUGAUGGUGGUGGUGGCGGAGAAGGAUUUGCUCCGGGACACGGAAUUGGAGUACUGUGAGGCAAUGAAGGAGGCUGGGAAGGAAGUUGAGGUUUUGAUUAAUGAAGGAAUGGGCCAUAGUUUCUAUUUUGAUAAGAUUGCUGUGGAUAACGAUCCAGAAACUGCUGAUCAAACCACUAAGUUGAUUGAAGGGAUUAAAAGCUUUAUUGAUAGGCAUUGAUGGUGGGUUCUUGAUUGUUUAAUUAUCAUGUAUUAGUUGCUUGCUGCUGUGAUGUGUUGACAUUUCCUCGUCUUUGUGAUGUUUUGUGGGUGUUUUUGUGAUCAACAAUCUGUCUUGUCUUGUUAUAUUUAUUGGCUUUUUGGUA